AUGGCUACUUGGAAUCAUAAAAAAACCAAGCUUGGAUACUUCUUAUUCGUGUUUGUAGCUGUCUGUCACAUGUUCAACCAUGUUCAUGUGGAUGGAAGGUCGAUCUCAUCAUCUGAUGAAACCAUUAAGUUGGCUAAGCAUAAAGGAACAAUAAAAACAAUACAGAGGGAAGAUGGUGAUGUAAUUGACUGUGUUGACAUCUACAAACAACCUGCUUUUGAUCAUCCUCUCCUCAAGAAUCACACCAUACAGAUGAAACCAAGUUCAUAUAUUGGAGGAAUAGAAGCAGAAAAUUUCGAACCAAUGUUCAUUCAAGAUUGGUAUGAGAAUGAACAGUGCCCUGAAGGAACAAUUCCCAUUGUUAGGGCACAAAUACCCAAACCUCCUCGGACUCUGGCAUUUAUUCCUCCCAGGAAAGACCUUGACAAGGAUGAAAUUAAAGCUGAUCCUCCAAAAAACCAUGAGUAUGCUGAAGUUUCCGUGUUCGAUGGCAACUAUUUUGGAGCAGCUGCAUGGCUUAACGUGUGGAACCCAGCAACAUUUGGUAGGGAGUUUAGCUUAGCACAAAUUUGGGUUGUGUCAGGGGAGGAAUUUAGUGAAUACAACACUAUCGAGGCUGGAUGGAUUACUAAGUCAGGCCAGAAACAAACAAGAUUAUUCAUUUACUGGACUGUAAGUUUGCUUGAUCCGUCCUGUCUGAUGUCUAGCGAUGGCUAUCAAAAGACAGGAUGCUAUAAUCUUGACUGUCCUGGAUUUGUGCAAACCAGCAACAAGGUGGGCCUUGGUUCGGUUUUACAACCUAUUUCCACCUAUGAAGGCAACCAAUUUGAAAUGCACAUAUAUAUACACAAGGACAAGCAAAGUGGAAACUGGUGGUUGACGAUACAGCAAAUAGAUGUAGGAUACUGGCCAGGCUCGAUCUUCUCAACACUAUCCGACAGGGCUGAUAGAUUAAGUUGGGGUGGAGAGAUUGUUAAUUUACAAUCACAAGGCCAUCACACCUAUACUCAAAUGGGAAGUGGCCAUUUUCCCAGGGAACGCUAUACCCAAGCUAGUUAUAUCCGAAAUCUUAGGUACACGAAUGAGUCUGGAUUUAUGAAAGAUGUUGAAAAUGUCCUGCCAUAUGUGACAAGGCCUGAAUGCUAUGAUUUACAGAUGGGAGGCAUGCAAAAUUUUGGAACCCAUUUCUUUUUUGGUGGCCCUGGAUAUUCUGAUAAAUGCAAGUAG